AUGCCUACCUUGAAAGUUGCAUACAUUCCAGAGCACUUUUCCACGCCACUAUUCUUUGCUCAACAACAAGGCUACUACAAAGCACACGAUCUCAGCAUUGAGUUUGUAAAAGUCCCUGAAGGAAGUGGAAGACUAAUUAAUUUGCUCAAUUCGAAUGAGGUAGACAUCGCAAUUGGGUUGACAGAAGCUUUUAUUGCUGAUAUUGCAAAGGGUAACGAAAAUAUUCAUGUUCUAGACACUUAUGUCAAAUCACCUUUAUUGUGGGCUGUCAGCACCGGUUCCAAUCGUGACGAUGUCACCGACGCAAAGCAAUUAAAAAGGAUUGGGGUGAGCCGAAUAGGAUCAGGGUCGUAUGUGAUGAGCUUUGUUUUGGCCCAUCAAUUGGGGGUUCCUUCUUUUGACCAAUUUCAGGUUUUAUCCAAUUUCAAGAAUUUACGGGACUCUGUAAAUUUGAAGGACGGGGUAGAAGGGUCAGAUGCAUUCAUGUGGGAAUACUUUACCAGCAAAAAGUAUUAUGAUAACCAUGAAAUCAAACAGAUUGAUCAGAUAUACACUCCUUGGUCGUCAUGGGUCGUUGCAACAUCUUCUGACUCUUUGCAAGCUAAAUCGGACGUGAUCAAGAACUUUAUUGAUGCCGUCAACCAAGGAAUCCAAUACUAUAACGAGCACGUCGAUGAGGCUAUAGAAUAUAUCUCUUCGAACUUGGAUUAUUCCGCAGAAGAUGCCAAAGAGUGGACCAAGACUGUUGAAUUCAAUUCAAGGAUCGGAAAGACGCCAUUGGAUUGGGACACUAUCGUCGUCAAGACUAAGGACACAUUAAAGUUGGCAGGCGUUUUGGCCGAAUCAGACGAUGUCAUCUUGAAAAGAUUGAAUUCUAAUGUUAAAAAGACAAACUUGUGA